GCUGGAAGGAGUCAUCUGGUGGCUUCAGGCUUCACUCAGAAACACAGCGAGGCCUCAGGAGGGACCCUCACCCUAACCCUCUUCAUCUACAGAAAGCGCCUCAUCACAACAAGACCAUGAGCGCUCACGAGCACAACGCCACGCUGGAAUUGUUCGACCACUGCACCAUCGACAUGGUUUCUGCCAGAGACUACCGGCGCAUCGCCCUCUUCCUCAUCUACCUUUUCAUCUUCAUGGUGGGCCUGCUGGAGAACGUGCUGGUCAUCUGGGUCAACUGGCGCCGACGCCACUCUGCCAACGGGGUCCUGUUCUGCAUCCUCAACGUGAGCCUGUCGGACCUCAUGGUGAUCGUGACCCUGCCGUUCUUCAUGAUGGAGGUGACCAUGGACAAUGUCUGGCUGUGGGGUCGCUUCCUCUGCAAGGUGACUUACCUCGUCUACAUUGUCAACUUCUACAGCAGCUCCUUCUUCCUGGCCCUCAUGACCGCGGAGCGUUAUCUGUCCCUGACCAGACCCUCGUUUCCCGCCUUCUUCCCCGUGCUGGGCCGCCGCCGAUGGGUGCUCUGCGGAGGCCUUUGGGUGCUCUCCUUGUUCCUGGCGCUGCUGGAGAACGUCCACAUGGAUCUUCUGGAGAGGAACGAGCCGGGCUGCCACUUUAUGCCUGAACACAACUCCACCGAGUGGUUUGUCUCUGUGAUUUUCCUCUCCCUGGUCUUCCAGUUCUUGGGCCCCGCCGCCGUCAUCAUCACCUGCAACGUGCUGAUCGCUCGUGCGGUUCGGACGGCGCCGGAUGUUCAGGGCCGGCGGGACGUGUGGCUGGUUCACGUUUACUCCCUGGUGUUUGUCCUUUGCUGGUUGCCCUACCACUUCGUCGUGUUCCUGAUGAUCGUGCACGACAUCGACCCCGACAUCUUCAGCUGCAACACGAUGCGCGUGCUGUACUUCUCGUUCACCGUGGUGCAAAGCCUGUCUCUUUUUCACUGCGUGGCAAACCCCAUCCUCUACAACUUCCUCAACAAGAGCUUCCAAGACAACCUGGUCAACACGGUGCUGAGCCAGUUACCCAGAGAUGGAGCUGGGAACCAGCUGGGAGCCGGGACCAACGCUCCCAACGGAGGAGGGGGAGACCCGGGGAAGCAACGCAAGUUAAGUAACGCCAGCACCAGCCAGUCCGAUGUUGCAUCAUAAAUAAAAAGAAGCUGAGAUGAGAAAACUUCACGAUACGUUUUCUAUAAAGAUUUGACAGAACUGAAUGGAGAUCAUCAGAUCAUCUCUUUGGUCAGACUCAUUGUGAUGUUUGUUACAGCCUCACUCUCAUAAUCCAUUUCCUGUUAUGUUUUUGUUUUCUUACCAUGUAUCUGAUCACAGAGGAAGACAGGAAAUGUUUGAAGUGCUUUUUUUGUUGUUGUUUAAAGCUGCUCAACUCUCACAGAACUCAUGGCAGUCUCCAAGGUGUCCUGGCACAGAAUAACCGUGCCACAGCAGGAAUGUGUGAAAACAAAGCUGAUCGUGCCAGAUAAUCCUCAUAAACAUCUUGUGUUUAAUUUUCAACAGAUAAAUCAUUACUUAAUUCUUAUUUAUCUGUUCCAGGAUGCUACUGUAGUCUAAAUUUGCUGUAACAUAUAAUAAAACUUCAUAAAACACUG